UAUAUCCUCCAUCGCCAUCCUGACUCAGUCGUCUGAAACCUUGGAACGGUCACUGCAGAGAAUCCUGCGCAACGUAGCCCAGUUUUGAACGCAAUGCGAACAGCUGAGGAUGCUUUACGAAGCAGAUAAGAUCAGUAAUAAACUCGUAGAUGGAAGCUUGUCCUACCCCUCGGAGAAGUUACAAGGAAUGUCCUUCGAGCUUCGUGAUCUGUCCUUCUCCUACCCCGGGUUGCAAUCCACCAAACCUGCCUUGUCAAAUAUCAACCUCUCCAUCAAAGCCGGACAGCUCGUUGUAAUCGUCGGCGCUAAUGGCAGCGGUAAAUCCACAAUUAUCAAGCUCCUCGCGCGCCUUUAUGAUCCAUCGUCGGGCCCCGAUUCACUCAUUGUAGAUGGCAUACCAAUAUCUCAGUACCGAAUGUCUGAGCUUCGAGAGGAGACAGCCAUACUGACGCAAGACCACUCGCUCUUCCCCGUUUCGCUCGGUGAGAAUGUUGGUGUAGGGUGUGUUCAGCAUGUAAGAGACAUAGAGAUGAUUGACCGUGCUGCCGAGCUCGGUGGAGCAGCGCACUGUUUGGCCAAACUGACAGAGGGAAAAGACACGAUGCUAGCGGCGAUGACCGAGGCAUAUGGGUUCGGCAUUCCAGAGAACGAGGAGCAUCCGUUACAGGCUAUACUGGAAAGGCUCAAUAAGAACCUCCAGCUCUCGGGUGGUGAGAAACAGAGAAUCGUGGCAUCCCGAACGUUCAUGCGUUUUGCGUCUGGAAAGUUUGGGAUGCAUGUGGUGGUUGUGCAAAGGGUGAAUAUGCAACAACUCCUUCCCACUGUUUUGGGGUAUACUCGCAUGAAGGCUAGAAUUUCGACAGAGGUCUUCUGACUCAGGCAAAUAGGAUCUAGUAUUAGUGUACGCGCCCACUAUCAGAUGAAGCAGUGGAUCGGCGCUUCAUGAAUGGCCGGUGCUGUAAUUGAUUUAGCCUUAUAGGAUUUUGAUGUCUUGUUUUCAUGGGACUCCUCUGUAUCUAGAAAGUUACCGUGAGAGAUAGGUGUAUUGCGUGAGGAUAACCGUUCACAG